GGUGCGCUAGGAUGUGGCUGGGCCGCUGAGGGAGAAAUGGGAGGAUUUUCUCGAACCCUCGUAUCCUCGAGUUCGACGAUCUCAACAAUUCGAUUCGAGUCGAACUGGCCAAGUGGACUUGAGCGCUCGUGCAUGUUCACCUCUGCACUGCACAAUGUGGAGAGAUCGACUCCCAACUUCCACUGAGACACUUCGACAUUGUUAAAGGACAACCCGGUCAACACCAUGCAGAGAGUCACUGUAUACCUCGCACAUUGUAAAGGACUCCACGUAUAAAGGUAAAUGGGCUUCUUCCGCGCACUCGGGCGGAAAUAUCAGCAAGUUCAUGUCCGAACCCGCCGUCUAAACCACCCAUUCUAAGACAAGACGGCCCGACAUCAAUCCUCAGUGAACCAAGCAUCCAACAUGGCCCGCACCACAGCACGCAAAUCUCCGAGCCCCAGCCUGACCCUCACCCCUCUCAUCACUCUUCCAGGCCACACCCCCAUCUCCACUACCCUCACCCCCCGCCAACUAUCCCUCCUCUUCCCAACGCUCCACAUCUGGAUGCUCCCCUCGAACCCUCUCAUCGCCCUCCUCCCCCACAACAGCACCACGCACCACGGCCUCACCACCAUCCUCCGCUGGACUGAACACCAACUGCUGCACCCACACGCAGCCUUCGAGGCCGACCUCGCAACGCUAAUCGCCGUGCACCAAGCCCUCGCCUUCCUGGGCAAUGGCCCCGAGAAACACAUCAUGAGGUCGUUGGACGCGCACAUCCGAGCCGAAAUGGCCGACGAGCUAGCCCUCCAAGACAUCGCCGACCUCUGGGCCCUGCGCUACCUCCCCUUCGCCGAACCCUGGAUCCGCCUCCUGCUCCGCCACCUCGUGGCCUUUUGCCGGCGCGUGGAGGCGAAGUUCAAGCACCCUUCUCUGCCGGCGCGGUUGCGGAAGAGUCGCGCACUGCGUUGUGAGACGAGGGAUGAGUUCCGCGUGUUGCAUUGGCUGUGGGGUGUUGAAGGGCUGUUUGAGCGGACUGAACGGCUCGAUGCGGGAGUGGAUAGGGAGAGGUUGUGGGAGGCGAUGGAAGGGCUUAGGGUUGGCGAGAUGAUGCUGAGGCCGUUUUUACCACCGGGGGUGAGUGCUGUGGCGGGGGCGGUGGUGGAGGGGAGGAUGCGAGUUAUUGCUGAGGAAACUGAGGAAGAGAGAAGCGUGGAGCUCGAAGAGCUUUUGGCUGGGGUGGAUGGGGCGGAUGAGCAAGCGGUGGCGGGGGCGGAGCAGGACGGUGAGGACGCGGAUGAUGAGGCUUCUAGGGAUCGUGAGGGGUCUGGGAGGAGGUAUUUUGUUGAAAAUGGGUUUGAGAGUUUGGAUCGGAUGGUGUUGGAGGCGUUGAGGAUGUAGGGAGUAUGUCGACUUGGGAGAUGUGGUUGAAGGUCCUGGCUGGGCUGGUCCCUUGGGCACAUGUACGAGAGUACAAACAAGAUUGGGUAUGCCGAGUCGUCCUGUUCUUUCAAGGGCUUCUGGCUUCUGGCGUGUUAGGAGUUGGAAUAGAUUUUACAUUCUCGGCCUUGGAGAAAUCUAUGUGGGCAUACGUGAGCGAGCUCGUGGGAAGUAGUUAAACUGUUUUUUUAAUGUAUAUCGCUAUAUCUCUCUCAACGAAUCCUCCUUUUUUUUCCGGCUAUUCGAUGCAU